AACUUCUACACGCAAUUAUUUCAAGUGAACAUAGCAGCAAAAAUAUAAAUCCACGUACUCAAAUUUUAUCCCUGUUUAGUGUCAUUUUUGUUCAUCAUGGUAGCCUUGGGCCUUUCGUCUUCACCCCACUGUGUCCUCAUACGCCCAAAUCCACCUUCUGCUCCUACUCACCAGCCCCAAGCACCUCCUUCUUCCUCUUCCUCUUCAAAUUCAAGCAACACCCAUUGCUUAACAAGGCGUAAAGCUUUCGCCUUUACUGCUUCGGUUGUGUCCUCUUACAUUCUUGAUUUGUACCAGACUUCAUCGGCUAAUUCCUCUGCUGCCGCAUUACAAGUGGAUGAUGAGCUUCAGCAAGAGGAAGACAGGCUUGUUCAACUCUUUCAGGAGGCAUCCCCUUCGGUUGUUUACAUUAAGGAUAUUGAGCUGGCCAAAGGCUUCAAGGACACUGCUGUGACCGAACUGGCAGAUGAUGAGAACGCAAAGGUGGAAGGAACAGGUUCUGGCUUCAUUUGGGAUAAGUUUGGUCACAUUGUUACUAAUUACCAUGUCGUCGCUAAAUUGGCAACAGAUCAAAGUGGACGGCAGCGUUGUAAGGUAUUUUUAGUGGACGCUAAAGGUAAUAGCAUUGCUAAAGAAGGAAAGAUUAUUGGUGUGGAUCCCGCAAAUGAUCUCGCUGUCUUGAAGGUUGACGUUGAAGGGGUUGAACUAAAGCCUGUCAUUCUCGGUUCAUCUCGUGGUUUACGUGUUGGUCAGAGUUGCUUUGCCAUAGGAAAUCCCUAUGGAUUUGAGAACACGCUAACAACAGGGGUGGUCAGUGGAUUAGGCAGAGAGAUACCUUCACCGAGUGGAGGAGCCAUUCGAGGUGCUAUUCAAACAGAUGCCGCUAUUAAUGCCGGGAAUUCUGGCGGCCCAUUGAUUGAUUCAGACGGCCAUGUUGUUGGAGUAAAUACAGCCACGUUCACUCGCAAAGGUUCAGGAAUGUCCUCGGGAGUUAAUUUUGCCAUACCAGUAGACACAGUUGUACGAACCGUACCUUACUUGAUCGUGUAUGGAACAGCUUACAAAGAUAGAUUUUGAAGAUCUAUUGCACUUGAAUUUCAAAUAGAUGCAGAAUGUUGCAAUGGAUCCUUCUUGGAAUGAAGACAAUAUGAGAAUGGAUUAGCAAGGUGGGUUCACUUAUGGAGCCAACUUGCUACAAGGCUUGUGGAGAUUUUCUUCCUUUUGCAUUA